AUGGAACACUUUUGUUUCUUGGUCAUCGUCUCACUCUCUGGUUUGGCUAUGGCCCUGCAGCUGACCACCCCGUGCUACGCUGCGCAAGCUCAGCCACAACCGAUCUACGACAUAGAUGGCGACGAGCUAACAAGUAACAGUACGUACACCAUCAUGGCAGCGGAUCGCAAUCUGAGCGACCAUUGUGUCUCUGUUGGCUCAUUUCGGAGGGAGGAAUGUCAUAGGCAUGCGACCCUGACACCGUGCAAGCAAUUUGGCGGGAUGCGAGGCGUGCAUGUGUCGAUCAAGCCGGCGGAGGCGAGCGAUGGCUCUGGCAAGGAAGCGUCAAUCCGCCUCUCGACCGACGUCGUGAUCGAAUUCAAAGGCGUGGUCACCUGGUGCAAGCACCAUCUCCAGUCAUGGUACGUCCAUGGAGAGAUCACGAACCAGACGCAUGUAACCGCCAGCUGCUUCAGAGGGAUGAAGGGAUGCCAGCCGUCGGCAGGCACAUGCAAGGAACAGAGUUUCCUGUUCCGCAUUGAAAGGCACGAGAACGUAUACAAGCUAACGUCGUGCUUCCAUGCGCCGUGUCGCCAUCUGGUGUUGUUCGAAUACGCCGGCCAAAGGUGGCUGACCGUAGAGAAAGAUGGGCGUGAGCCUCUGGUGGUCGUGUUCAAGAAGUUCCCUUUCCCCAACUAG